UUGAAAGAAAUGAGUAAUCCGGAGAAGAUGAAAGUGGAUGAUGGUAGUGAGAAAGAGAGGGAAGAUUCCUCCGAUGAGCAGUCGAGUGAUGAGGAAUCCGCCAUGAGAGAAAUCGUUCUCGCCCUCCCUGCUCUAUCGAUCACCAGCGGGACCAUCGGUGUUAGCAUCGCCGUCGAUGAAGAAGCAGAGGCGCGUCUGAAUGAGCAAGCGGUCGUUGCGGCGGAGUUGGUCAUCGCCGCGGCAGAGGAAGAGGUCAUGAAAGAGAAAAGCGACGGAAAGAAGAAAAAAGUGAGGAGACAUAGAAAGACUAUGAAGCUCAACGACGACGACGAAGCGUGUGGUUCGAGCAAAGGAGGAGGAGAAGCGACGAAGAAGCCGAGGAAGAAAACUUCGGAGUUCACUAACCUACCGAGAGGACCACCGGUUUGUAACGUCUGCGGACGAGCGUUUCAUUCGUGGAAGGCUGUGUUUGGACAUCUCAGGUCUCACAAAGACAGGAACUACCGAGGGUUUCUCCCGCCUCCUAAGUUCACUCCGCCGAUUAGAAGCGUCAUGAUUCCAGGACCGAACUCUGCUUUUGUUCGUGUUGUUGCCCGAGGGGGGAGCUCUGGUGGGGUUGUUGCCGCUGGUGGAGUUGUUGCCUCCGGUGGUGGUGGUGGUGGUGGUGCUACUGGUGGCGAAGGUGGGAGAGGAGGCUCAGGGAUGGAUAUGAAUGCGGAUCGAGUGGAGGAAGAUAACCAGGAAGUGACUGAAUCUGGAACUGUAGCGAAGUUUGAUCUUAACAAGUCUCCACCCAAAGAUGACGAGGAAGAGGAGAAGACCAAGUGAAGAUGUUUGAGUUGAACCACAUUAUUAGCUAUUUUAUU